GCGGCCAGGGGCUCGUUAGUUCCGGGUCGACAGUGUCUCUCGCAUGGCCGAGUUAAUGACCUACGCGACCCUACAGCCCCUAGCUGAGCGAGCAUGGCUGCGGCCGGGGAGUCGCUGAGGUCCCGGUGAGGAGAAGGAGGCCUGCGUUGUCUGCAGCGUUGCCGGAGAUCCGCUCCGCGAUGGCCCUUCGGUCGCGGCUGUGGGAGGUGGUGUCGGUUAGCAGGAGCCCUGGGCGCGGGCUGGCGGCCCUCUCGACGGGGUCCGCGCCCGCGGCGAAGCCUGAAGCGGACCCGCAGGAGAACGAAGCCGUGGCCCCGGAGUUCACCAACCGCAACCCCCGCAACCUGGAGCUGCUGGCUGUGGCCCGGAAAGAGCGGGGCUGGGCCACAGUGUGGCCCUCGCGCGAGUUCUGGCACAGGUUGCGGGUGGUAAGAACCCAGCAUCACGUGGAAGCGAUUGUGGAGCAUCGCAGCGGCCAGGUUGUGGUUUCGGCGUCCACUCGUGAGUGGGCUAUUAAAAAGCACCUGUACAGGACCAGGAACGUGGUGGCUUGUGAGAGUGUUGGCCGGGUGCUGGCACAGAGGUGCAUGGAAGCAGGAAUUAACUUCAUGGUCUACCAGCCGACCCCCUGGGAGGCAGCCUCGGACUCGAUGAAAUGCCUGCAGAAUGCCAUGACGGAAGGUGGGGUGGUGCUGCAGGAACCUCGGCGGAUCUAUGAAUGAAACCCGAGCACCGCUGGUUCUGGGUGUGGAUCCAGAACCAUCAGCUGCUGAGGAGGCGCCCGGAGCACCCCCAGCUUGGAGCCCUGCCCCUGUCACAACGCACUGGAUGUCCCUGAUGAAGGUCACCCUGUCCCUCGGCGUCUGGUUUCUACAUCAGGGUCUUCAUUCUUCCCUGUCCUGGAGAUGAAGAAAAAGUUAGAACUGUCAUUAACUUUUGUGCAACAAAAGUUGUUUGUAAGUUAUGAAAUAAAAGUGUGUUAACUA